UCCAGUGUCCAAGUCCUGACACCACCAAAUUCAAAAGGGACUAUACACAGCACUACAGCCAUGGAUCUCCAGUGUUAAUGCUGUUUUCCAGCCAAGGAUGACUUGGCUUUGCAGUCAGGAGAUGUUGCCAGGAUGCCUCCUGCCAAACUAGUUGGGCAGCUUUGAGAGAAAUGCUGUUAGCACAUUGCUAGAUAUAGGUUUCCUGGUCUUCUGCAGGAAACUGCGUGAUGACAUUUGCAUGAAAUUACAAUGUGCAGCCUUUAUCAACAAUUGGCUAGAGACUGAACUUUCCCACAAGAGAGUGGAAGAAAUUUAUAAUAGAGUACACACAGGAAGGUGCUCCAGAGCUCAGCUGUUGUGUUCUUCAUUUAACCUCUUUGGGCAAGAAGUCAGCUGUGGGCUUCACAAUGGGUUCCAUUUCUAGACUGAUUACUGAGUUUUGCCUUGAUCUCUACGAUAAAGUCAACAGAACAGCAGAAGGCCAAAACAUAAUUUUUUCUCCAGUGAGCAUCUCUACUUCACUUGGCCUGAUCCUUCUAGGGGCACGAAACAACACUGCCACUCAGAUAGAAAAUGCUCUCCAUGUCAACAACGCUGCAGGAACAACAAGCCUUGAAUCUGAGCUUGAAGGUGCAACCCCAGAAAACAAGUCUGAACUAAGCCGGGAAAGAAAGUCUUCUCUCUCUCUGUGUAACACAGAUGGGAAUCUUAACCACGAAGCAUUCCAUGCACUGCUUUUACAACUACAAAACCUCAGCAGUGACUACGUUUUAAGCCUGGCUAACAGUCUCUUUAUCCAGCAAGGAUUUGAACCGCAUCAGACAUACCUAAUGUGCAUUAAGGAACUAUACAGAGCAGCCCUUGAAACAGUGGACUUUCAAAGGGCUCUUGAAGCAAGCAGGCUAAAAAUUAAUGAUUGGGUUGAAAGUGAGACGCAAGGUAAAAUCAAGGAACUUUUUGCUCCAGGAGUGAUUGAUUCACAUGCUGUUUUGGUGCUGGUGAAUGUAAUCUACUUCAAAGCAUCCUGGGAACACAAAUUUGAAGGAAAAAAUACAGUACAGAGAGAUUUUAAACUGAAUCAGAAUGAGAGCAAGCCUGUGCAGAUGAUGUAUCAGAAAGGCACGUUUAAAUUAGGCUAUAUUGAGGAGCUGGAAACUCAGGUGCUUGAACUCCCUUAUGCUCAGAAGUUGCUGAGCAUGAUAAUCCUGCUGCCAGGAGACACAGCAGAUGGAUCUACCAGUGGGCUGGAGCAGAUUGAAAGCACAAUGACCUAUGAAAAUUUAAUGCUGUGGUUCUCUUCAGAACAUAUGUUUGAGGCAAUGGUGGAGGUGUACUUGCCCCGAUUCAAGCUUGAAGGCACCUUUAACCUCAAUGAUGUAUUAAAAGCAAUGGGAAUGACUGACAUCUUCACUGAAUCAAAAGCUGAUCUUUCUGCGUUGUCAUCUGAGAAAUCUCUGGUGUUGUCAAACAUUGUCCACAAGGCUUACGUGGAAGUCAAUGAGGAGGGCACCACAGCAGCAGCUGCUACAGGAGCAACCAUUGUGAGGAGGUCUCUUCCUCUCAUAGAGGUGUUUAUGGCUGACCAUCCUUUCUUAUUCUUUAUUAGGCACAAUCCCACCAAUACCAUUCUUUUCUUUGGUAAAUUCUGCUCACCUUAAACUUGGGCCAUCUUCCAGCAUUGUGAGGAAAACCAGGAUGAAAACCAGAAAUACUAUUUUUUCUCCUUAUGCAUUCUUAAUCCUACAAAAGAUUGUAGACCAAAAUAAUCAUUGCAACCAGUUUAGCUUAGAACCAUCAAUUGGAUGCUCUACUGUUAUGCUCCUUGAAUGGCAAAUAUUGAUCUGAAUCCAAAAUAGGAGUAAGCUUUCCCUUAACCUCACUGGAUACCAAGAACAUUUUGUUUCCUCAAGGCCUACAUAUGCUCCUGUAUAGACUACAGUUCUCCAGAAUAGCCAUGUAACGUAGUACACUAUUUGCCUGGCAAAGGUGGAAUUUGUAUGCUGCUACCUGAGGAGAACUGUUUGUAACAACUUUCAGUAAGUGCCAGUAAAACCAGAGCAUUUAUAUUUUCUAUGUAGUUUUUGAUUCCCAGCCAAGUGGGUCUUGAUUAGCAGAGAGGGGCUUUGGAGGUGCUUUAUACUGCUACAGUCACAACCAAGUAGGAAAUACUUAUUUACAGCAAAUACACAUAUUUACACCAAAUCAUAUAUUUACUGACAACUGUACCAUUUUUUCCCCCAUGAUGUAUGCUGGCUUUAUCCCUGUGCUAUAUAAAAAGGUUAUGCUAGAAGCAGCUUUGGUUUCAUUUAUUUAUUUAGAUAUAAGCCUGCAUCUGAAGUACCACCUCAUCAAUUGGAAGAUAGAUGGAAUAUGACAUGUACUCCUUUCACGAGCACUAGAUCUUUUUCACAUGAAUUUUUGUUAGGAGCUCUGUAUUUUUUAUAGUGACAACAGUAGGAACACUCAGCGAAAGGACAAGGUUAUGCCUCAUGGACACAUCUAGUAAGAGAGCUAAUUAUGACAGCAAUUGAGUAUGUGGGAAAACAAGAUUUUGACUUUCUUUUUACAGGACUUUUUAACAUUCUUUUUUGAAAAUAAAUCCACCCUUAAAGAAUCACAACAUGGUUGAUGCUGCAGGGGACCUCCGGAGGACAUUUUGUUCAACACUCCUGUUCAGGCAGGGCUACCUACAGCACAUUGCCCAGGAGCAUGCCCAGAGGGCUUUUGAGAAUCUCCAAGCAUGGAGACUUCACAACCUAGACAAUCUUUUCCAAGUUCCCACAAUUUCAAAUGACACCAAAGAGAAUUUUGCAUGCACACUGUCUACAGGAAUAGGAUGUAGAAACACACAUUUCUAA